GGAGGCCGCGCCCGCCGGGGAGUGACGGCGGCGGCACUUCCUGCGGGCGAGCGGCGGCGGAGCCGGAGCCUUUGUGCGGGAGCGGGAGGAGGGUCCCCGCGGCGCCCCGCGGCCCCGGGCGGGCGGGCAGGAGCGGAGGCGGCGGCGGCGGCUGCAGUGCGGAUACCGGCAGGGGAGCCGCUUCCCCCGCCUGCACCGCCGGCCAGCGCAGAGGAGGCGCCGCCGCUCCGGCCACCAGGUUGUGUUUUCUGUUUACAAGCCUGAAGAUGGCUGCUGCUGCUUCCUGCAAUGUGGAAGAAGAUGAGAGCCUGAAGGGAUGUGAACUCUAUGUUCAGAAACACAACAUCCAACAGAUUCUAAAAGAAUGCAUUGUAAACCUCUGUAUAGCAAAGCCAGACCGACCCAUGAAGUUCCUCAGAGAACACUUUGAAAAAUUAGAAAAGGAAGAAUGCAAGCAAAUCCUGGCCCGGCAGAAGUCCAGCUCCCAGUCGGAUUCCCACGACGAUGAGAUCUCCCCGCCGCCCCCCAACCCGGUGGUGAAGGCGCGGCGCCGGCGAGGGGGGGUCAGUGCAGAGGUGUACACUGAGGAAGAUGCUGUUUCCUACGUCAGAAAGGUUAUUCCCAAGGACUAUAAAACCAUGACUGCUCUGGCCAAGGCCAUCUCCAAGAACGUGCUCUUUGCUCAUCUUGAUGACAAUGAACGAAGUGACAUAUUUGAUGCCAUGUUCCCUGUCACACACAUCGCAGGAGAAACAGUCAUACAACAGGGUGAUGAGGGAGACAACUUCUAUGUGAUUGACCAAGGCGAGGUGGAUGUUUAUGUCAACGGGGAGUGGGUGACCAGCAUUGGGGAAGGAGGCAGCUUCGGGGAGCUGGCGCUGAUCUACGGAACCCCCCGGGCUGCCACUGUCAAGGCCAAGACAGACCUGAAGCUCUGGGGCAUCGACAGAGACAGCUACAGACGCAUCUUGAUGGGCAGCACUCUGAGGAAGCGGAAGAUGUACGAAGAAUUCCUGAGCAAGGUCUCCAUUUUGGAGUCCCUGGACAAAUGGGAGCGGCUGACAGUGGCUGAUGCACUGGAACCUGUCCAGUUUGAGGAUGGAGAAAAAAUUGUUGUGCAGGGAGAGCCCGGUGAUGACUUCUUCAUUAUUACAGAGGGCACAGCCUCUGUUCUGCAGCGCAGGUCCGACAACGAGGAGUACGUUGAAGUUGGAAGACUCGGUCCAUCAGAUUAUUUUGGUGAGAUAGCCUUGCUGCUCAACCGGCCCCGGGCAGCCACGGUGGUGGCACGUGGACCCCUCAAGUGUGUGAAGCUGGACCGGCCCCGCUUCGAGCGGGUGCUCGGCCCCUGCUCCGAGAUCCUCAAGAGAAACAUUCAGAGAUACAACAGCUUCAUUUCGCUCACCGUCUAAAUGAUUCCUCUGGAAAGCUGCCUUCAUGUGACCUUGUGCACUUAAAAUUUGCUCUGCGCAGCUCCACAGCUUUAUGAAGAAAAAAAAAAAGAAGUGUGCAUUUUAUGUGUAUUUUUUCUGUUUAUGUCACCUAGUGGAUGUCAGCUCAAAUCUCAUGUAUCGUGGAAGUGGAAGGAUAACUAUUUGGGUAAGACUAGCUUUGGGGAAGAUUGGGGCUCUUUUGGGCUCUUGGCUUGCAGACAAGAUUUUUGCCUAUUGUUGGUUCAUAUUGGUUAAAACUGUGGGUUCAACUAUUUAAAAUACAUAUGAAUUUCUGUUUUCUUUAUUAUCUUUAAAGCUGGUCUUACUCACCUUUUGUCAAGGAUCUUUGAUCAAGGGAUGUGAAAGAUGUCCCUGCCCUUGGCAGGGGGUUGGAAGUCAGUGGCCUUUCAGCUCCCUUCCAACUCAAACCAGUCUGUGAUUCGAUGAUAUCUCUCUGCCUGUCACUUCUAAGACUUUUCACUGGUUACAGACUGGGGGAUUCCAAAAUCCCAUGGAAUGAGUGGCAGUCUCAUUGAUGAGAUGCAAUGUAAAGGGGAAGGUUGGAGGAAGCUUUUUAUCAUUCCAGCAAGCCAGGGAAAAGUAAAGCUUUUGAGUGAUUUUGUUUGUGGCUUAAAUAUAGGGGCCAUAUUCCUCCAUGUCACAAACCCUUUUGGGUCUGCUUUGUAGGACAUGCUCAGGCAAACAGCCUGCUCCAGUCUUCUGGGUGAAGAGGUCAAGGGACAAUAUUUUGUAAGAAUUCAAAUGGAGCCUUUAGGACCUAAGUUAUUUGUCCUCAGCUUUUUUUAAAUGAGGGUUUACAUUAGAGUCCUUAGAAGUCCAGUGGGGGCUUCUCUGCUGAAUUAAGUUAGCUUCAAAACUCAGCAGAAUGUCCUCAUCCACUUCUCUGAACAUUAAAUGAAAUGCUGAAGAGAUGGUGCCAGGUGCACUUCAGGGACAAAUACAGCAGCUUGUUUUUAAUAAGGUCCACUUAAUAAAAUUCAAAUGCCUUUCUUCUAAUAUAUGAUUAAAUUUUAGAAUUUUUAAAAAUUUUCUGAAAGCCAAAUAAGUGCUUCAAAAUGCUGCUUCUCCUCCAAAAGACAGGUAUUGUGUAACAAAGAGCACCAGGAUCCUGGAGCCCAGGUCCCUCCAGGGGCCUCAUGGCCUUGCUGGCAGUCAUUGCUGCCCUGCCUAUACAUGGGGCUCCUCCUGAAUGGAGCUUUUUGCAGGUCUCUCAAGGCUGGGGAUCUGCACAGCCCUCAAGGAUGGGAUCAUUGGGACUAUGAUUUGCAAAGCUUUACCUUUGCAGGUAAACUUGUUGUUGCCAGCAGCAGCAAAGCUCUGCAUCUCAGCCAUGCUAAACAGCACUGCCUGCCCUUCAGCUGGGCCAAAAUUCCAUUUCUUCUUUACAAUAACAUCCUUCUGAGUAAAUACAAGCUUUCUGUACCUUUGACAUGCCAAAGGGUAAGCAGUGAAUAUGACAUCAGUCUCCCUUUUGAAAUUAGAGGUGUGGCUGAACUUGGCUAUAUGGCUGAGUCCUACUGACACACAAUUGCUUUCUUCUUUGGAAUUAACAAAUGCUAAUUGGACACGUUCCUGUUGACUCCCACCAAGGGCCCAAUAUUCCAGUAGCUGCCCGCAGUGGUUCUCACAGAGCUAAAAAGCUGCUCAGCUUCACGCUCUUGUCAUCACUUAAAGGUGCUUAAUUUAUUUUAGCAUAAUUUCAGUGGUCCUGUUAGUGUAUAUUCGUUGCUGCUAUUUAUUAUGAUUAUGUUAUGCUUCUUGCACGUGUUAUUAAAUAUGACCAUUCACACUUUCCAACCUUGCAAUUUUUAUCACGUACCUUUAUAUAGGCAGACCUAUUCUAUAUAGAUAUGUCAAUGUAUACGCAUUUGGUUUUCUGCUGCACUGUUUUUGUAUUCUCUUGUGCAAUUUUUAAAAGAAAGAUUUUUUAAAUGUUACCAGUCAUUCAAGUAUGUUCUUUUAACUGUUGCAUUUCUGUUGUGUUGGUAAAAAAAUUGUGAGUGUUUCGCAUAAUAUGCAGGACACAUCUCUUGUCAAAUACCAAGUAUUAGCCUCAUUGUUUAGAAGUUACUCGAGCACACAGACACACUGCAGAUUCUUUGCUUUAAACCUUUACAGCUCAUGGAAAAUACAUUUGAAUUAUGGUUCUGUUAUAAGCAAUCUCAAGAGAAAUGUAACUGUCUAACACCAGGAUUCCUGUGCUUUAAGUGGAACAAAAUGAUAUUCAGUGACAUUUUGAAGAUAAUUGUAAUAUUUGCAGUGGAUGAUGGGACAGGAUUAUGGUAUGAAUAAAAUUCUUCUACGUUACAA